GCCGGGAAGAGUGGAUGUCACGCCUCAAGGUUGCCCAGGGUGCUCGGCCGCAGACGGCCCAUGAGGCCUCAAGGUCGGCUCACGACAGUCCGGCGGGCUCCCAGGCGGCCCCCAAAUGGCCCAAGCCGGCCCCGUUGCCAUUCUGGCUCAAGCCUUUUGGGCGCAAGGGCGCCUUGCCCGCACCCGCUUCAUCGUGGAGGCAUCUCCUGGCGCCAGCGAGGGACCUCGGCUCUUGAUUCCCCGGCGAUAUGGGCUUCUUUGACUGUUGCAGCAAAUGUUGCAAGCAAAUCCAAAUCGUGGGGCUUGCUUUCACCGUUUCGCCUCCGUCAUAUGACGACCUCGAGAAGAUGUUGAAGGUUUAUGCUCUGCUGACAGGCUUGUUACUGUCGAUGGUCGUGGGCUGCAUCUUCAAGGAUAUCGACAUCCUCCACAGGGCUACCGACAUCUAUGGCGCCCUUUUUGGAUCGCUUGAGCUGCUAUUCUUGGCGAGUUUCAUCAUCGUCUGCCUCUACAAAUACUUAAUGAUGUUCGAGUCUCGCCGCAACUCAGGUUCGCAGCUGGUGGGUGAGCGGUGGGAGGUGGAUCUUCGUUGGACUGCCGAUGCUCGUGAUGUACUCUUGCUGGCUCUUCCUGAUGGCUGCCAGGACGUAUCUCGAGAGCAAGUUUGAUGGUAUGGGUGGCGGUCCGUUCGACGAUGGGUGCAUGAAGAGUUAGUUGACGCUCCCCAUAGUUUCACUCGUGGCAUUCAUUGUCAUACACGUGAGUUUCUUCAGCGGGAUGGAGUGAGGAAGGUUACGGGCUCAUGCCAGAGGGCAGCCUGUCCCCGUGAAAUGCAGCAAACCCAUUUUCAACCUGUAACAACAUAAUCAUACCAUAUUUCCCAUAACAUGUUAUGACAUGCCAUAGCUGUGGGUCUUCUUGGACUCCCAGAUUACAAUCCAAUCUACUUCUGGCGCCUGCCCAACUGCUUCAGUAUCGAUCGUGGCACAAGGAACUGAGAAGGUGGUUGCCGGACGAUGGCAUGGGAGUGUUUUUUGUGGUCUUGCUGUCAUUGGCCCCCGUGCAGGCCAUAUUUGAUUAUGAUUCUCAUGUUAGAUUGCAACAUGACGCUGGUAAGGUUCUCUGCAUCCUAGUACGUAUCGUAUCGAUCGCCGAAGUAGACGGUCUGGCCGCCGCCGCUUCUCAGUGGCUUUCCUGUUAACCACCUGGCGUGCAUUGCCGCCCGUGCGUUGCAGCGACGGCUGCGUACGUGGCCAAAUUCGUUUGCGGUAUCAUUUGUGCCAUAAGUGAAUACACGACUGUCGUGGAUAUUGGAUUUUAUCGUGAGUUUCGCAGAUUGCGCGACUUGCCAUCCGAAUAAAGGAUUGCAGGCUGCCAAAUGCUGUCUCCCUACCAGGCUGUACUCUGAGGACUGGGAUUGCCCUUGACAUGCAAGAGCUCGAACUUUGGCGUCGGCGGAGUCCCCGCCAGUGCGGCUGCGGCUGGGCAAAGUUACCAUUGCAGCGAAGGGCGCCCGCGAGCACACCCUCCAAACAAAAAAACAAAAGGUUUCCCCUUUUCCUUCCUAUCCAGGGGGCGGGCGGAAGCUCAAUCUAUCUUCACCGCCUUCCUAC